AUGUCUCAGCACGUCGACUACGACGACCAGCACCAUCCACUCCAUGUGAGCCUGAGCUUGAAGGAGGUAGACGUCUUCCAGGACGAGGAGAUUCCAACCCCGAACGACACCCAGAAUGCGGCCCCUUAUGUUUGUGGCAUGCCGCUCAAAUACGUCUCAUUGGUGACUCUGGCAGUCCAAAAUGCGCUCUUGACCAUCAUAAUGCAUUACUCACGCGUAUCGGCCGCGCCUUCCCACACCUAUUCCGCUGCUGCCGCCGUACUUAUGACCGAGCUCCUCAAGGGCUUCAUUUCCCUCAUCGUUGCAUUCGCGCGUUUGGAUGGUUCCAAUCCGCCUAAUGCAUCCUCGUGGAACCCUCGUGUCCUCCUCUAUCGUUUCAGACGGCUGGGGAAGGAGGUGUUCAGGCCUGAUUGCUGGAAGUUGUCGAUUCCUGCUAUCUUAUACGUCAUUCAAAAUAAUCUACAAUUCGUUGCUGUCUCCAACCUUGAGGCAGCUACUUUUCAGGUCAGUUACCAAAUGAAGAUUCUCACCACAGCCGCUUUCUCUGUCGUCCUCCUUCGGAGAAAACUCAACCCCACCAAGUGGCUUGCCUUGUUUUUCCUCGCUAUCGGCGUUGGCAUUGUCCAGAUUCAGAGUGGAUCAUCCUCACCAGCUCGUGAAGCCCACGAGAUGAACGCAUUCAAGGGUUUCAUGGCGGUUGUCGCCGCUUGUUUCACAUCUGGUCUUGCCGGUGUGUAUUUCGAGAUGGUGCUCAAGAAUUCACCGGCAGAUCUUUGGGUGCGCAAUGUGCAGCUUUCGCUGUUCUCCCUCCUUCCUGCCUUGCUCCCGAUCCUUUUCUCGCAGUCGACAUCUUCCCCUGGCGUGGUCAGCCUGCAAUUAUUUGCCAACUUUGGUGUAUGGGCUUGGGCAACGGUCAGUAUUCAGGUAGUCGGUGGUCUGUUGACGGCGCUCGUCAUUAACGCUCUUCCACUUCCAGAUGACUCUCACCUUCGUCCUGGGUUCUUCCGUUGUUCUCGUUGCCACUUGGAUGUACAAUCAACCUGA